AUUUAAUUUGUGUUAAUCUGGGGUCAUGUUUUCAUCCCAGGCCACUUAGGUUUCGGAAGCGGAUCGGAGCAGGCUAGGGAUGGCGGCAACUCCGGCGGCAGCCGGAAGCCACCGGAGCCCUCCGCCGAAAGCCGCCGAGAGAUCCCUUCCGGUUGCAAACGUGGGGCGGAUAAUGAAGAAGGCCCUCCCUCCCAAUGCAAAAAUCGGCAAGGACACGAAGGACGUUGUCCGGGAAUGCGCCUCCGAGUUCCUCUGCUUCAUCACCAGCGAAGCAAGUGAAAAAUGCCAAAUGGAGAAAAGGAAGACAAUCACCGGAGAGGAUUUGAUAUGGGCAAUGGACAUCUUAGGAUUUGAUGACUACGUUGACCCACUCAAAGCCUAUUUGACCAAAUACAGAGAGGUAAACUCAUCUCUUUGAACUACUUUUCUUAUCAGGCUAAAUUUCUUUUAUGAUAGAAUCUCAAGUCUUAUUUUUUUUUUAAAAAAAAAAACAUGUUUGGCAUUAUUUUGCGGCAGUCUAGGGAAAUUAGACUGAGAUGAUUUGGACAGGGAUAAAAUCUGCGUACACACUCUGUGGGAUUUUUACUCGUCUGUUUUUGUUCAUAAUAGCCUAACUCACUCCUUGAUAUAAUAUGUGUGCAUGUUACUUCUGGCUGGUGCCCUUUAAUCAACCUAAUGCAUAGUUUGAGGUACAUCUUCCACUCCAUCAUAUAAUUGCUCUAUAAUAAUUUCCAUAAUAUGCAAUGUAUUAAGGUAGAUUCACUUUUUGUGUUGGAAGCAUUUUCAGGGAGAUAGCAAGGGAUCUAAUAGAGGAUGACAGGAAAAACAUAAAAUAUGAAGUUCAGUACCCGGAAAGAAAUACAGUAUCUGACCAGAUGCACCAGUAAGAACUCAUUCAUCAAUCCAUUUUAGGAAGCCUUAGCUUGGAACAACAGCAUUUGGGUGUUUUCUGGAGCAUAUGGGCCCCUUUCUCCAGCUUCUGUUUUUUAUUUUUUUAAAAAACAGAUUUAUGUACC